AUGGACGAUUAUAACGCUUUACAAAUGAUCAUGUCGGAUAUCCCGCUUGACGAACCACACUUGAAGGAUCAGCUGUCUAUUCUUCUAAAGACAGAGAGGAAUGAUCUCAAAGCAGGAAAGCUUCUUGUUACCGAAUCAUACUAUCUCAUGGGCACAGUUGAUCCCACAGGAAAGCUCAAGGAAAAUGAAGUCUGCGUCAUCCUCGAGACUGGCCAAAUCUCAGGGGAUGUAUUAGUUUAUAGGAAUCCUGGAUUGCAUUUUGGAGACAUACAUGUACUUAAGGCUACCUAUGUUAAGCUCUUGGAGGAGUAUGUCGGAAACUCCAAGUAUGCUGUGUUCUUCCCUCAGAAAGGUCCAAGAUCUUUGGGCGACGAGAUUGCAGGUGGUGACUUUGAUGGGGAUAUGUACUUCAUAUCCAGAAAUCCCAAGCUACUCGAACACUUCAAGCCAAGCGAACCGUGGGUCAGCUCUUCUCUGCCUAGUAAAGUUUACACUGGUAGAGAGCCAAGUGAAUAUCCACCAGAAUUGUUGGAAGAGCUGCUUUUCAAUAUGUUUUUGAAGGCAAGAUUUCAAUCCAGAAAUGUUGUAGGAGCAGCUGCAGAUAGCUGGCUAGCAAUAAUGGACCGUUACCUCAUGUUAGGAGAUGAGAGUGCUAAAGAAAAAGCUGAAAGGAAGAAGAUGAUGGUAAAGGCUAUUGAUGUAUACUAUGAUGCUCUUGAUGCACCAAAAAAUGGGGCUAAUGUCAAUCUCCCGUUGGACUUAAAGUUCGAUACUUUUCCGCAUUACAUGGAGCGUAAGAAUAAGAAAGAAUUCAAGUCCACUUCUAUUCUUGGAUUAAUCUUCGACACUGUAAUGGCUCAGAUUGCAGAGGGAACCCCAACAUUUGAAAUCAAGAAACUUCCGUGUUUUGAAGAUGAGCCGGUCUCUGAGUUUCAUAAGGAGAAAUGUGGACAGUGGUUUAAAGAUUACAAUAAGGAGAUGGCCCAGGCGUUGAGUACUAAGGGUGAAUCGGCAGCUAAUGAAUCAGCAGCUAAGAAAGCAGCAGCUAAUGAAGUUCUUCAGAGAUACAAGCGGAAGUUCUAUGGUGCUGCAUGUUUUGAAGAAAGCAAGAGAAGUAUGGUCGAACUCUACCCGGAGGCCCUUGCACUUUACCACAUCGUUUACGAUUAUGCCAUCAUGUGUAACGACGUUGGAAAAUGCGGGUUUGUUUGGAAGAUGGAGAGUGGAACCAACUCGGAUUUGAAAUCAUCCGUCAAUGGUGGCGUUGUUGAUGUCUAUGGAGAGGAUUCUGCAACCAUUGAGCACAACAUAACUCCAUGGUCUCUCUCUGUUUCUAGUGGUUAUUCAUUGCUGAGAGAUCCUCGUUAUAACAAAGGACUUGCUUUCACUGAGAAAGAAAGAGACGCACAUUACUUGCGUGGUCUUCUCCCUCCAGUUGUUCUUGAUCAAAAUCUUCAGGAGAAGAGGUUGAUGAACAAUAUCCGAAAAUAUCAACUUCCGCUACAAAAGUACAUGGCCUUGACAGAACUUCAGGAAAGAAACGAGAGGCUGUUUUACAAGUUGAUGAUAGAUCAUGUGGAGGAGCUUCUUCCUAUUGUGUAUACUCCAACUGUUGGCGAAGCUUGUCAGAAAUAUGGAAGUAUUUUCAGGAGACCUCAGGGUUUAUUCAUCAGUUUAAAAGAGAAGGGAAAGAUUCUUGAUGUGUUAAAGAACUGGCCUGAAAGGAACAUACAGGUUAUUGUUGUAACAGAUGGCGAAAGGAUCUUGGGAUUAGGAGAUCUUGGAUGUCAGGGAAUGGGUAUACCGGUUGGUAAAUUGGCUUUGUAUUCAGCACUUGGAGGUGUUCGUCCUUCAGCGUGCUUACCUGUCACUAUUGAUGUGGGAACAAACAAUGAGAAGUUGUUGAAUGAUGAGUUCUACAUAGGACUCAAACAAAAGCGAGCAACCGGACAGGAGUAUAGUGAACUCUUGCAUGAAUUCAUGAGUGCUGUGAAACAGAACUAUGGAGAAAAUGUUCUUAUACAGUUUGAAGAUUUUGCUAAUCAUAAUGCAUUUGAGCUGCUUGCCAAAUACCGUGAUACUCAUCUUGUCUUCAACGAUGAUAUACAGGGGACAGCAGCUGUUGUUCUUGCGGGAUUAGUUUCUGCGCAGAAGUUAACGAAUAGUCCACUUGCAGAUCACACCUUCCUCUUUCUUGGUGCUGGUGAAGCUGGUACUGGAAUAGCAGAACUGAUAGCUCUCUAUAUAUCGAAACAGAUGAAUGCUUCAGUAGAGGAAAGCCGCAAGAAGAUCUGGCUUGUUGAUUCCAAGGGACUGAUUGUUAACUCUCGCAAAGACUCACUACAAGAAUUCAAGAAACCUUGGGCUCAUGAACAUGAACCGGUCAAAGACCUCUUAGGUGCUAUCAAGGCCAUAAAACCGACUGUUCUGAUUGGAUCCGCCGGCAUUGGACGAGCUUUUACUAAAGAAGUGAUUGAAGCCAUGUCCUCCAUCAAUGAGAGACCUCUGAUAAUGGCUCUCUCUAACCCAACAACACAAUCAGAAUGUACAGCUGAAGAAGCUUAUACUUGGAGUAACGGUCGUGCCAUUUUCGCAAGUGGAAGUCCGUUUGAUCCUGUUGAGUAUGAAGGAAAUGUGUUUGUAUCUACACAGGCCAACAAUGCGUACAUAUUCCCGGGUUUUGGACUCGGUUUGGUUAUCUCAGGAGCAAUAAGGGUACAUGACGACAUGCUACUAGCUGCUGCUGAGGCAUUAGCUGGACAAGUAAGCAAAGAGAACUAUGAGAAAGGAAUGAUAUAUCCUUCCUUCUCCUCAAUCCGAAAAAUCUCAGCUCAUAUUGCAGCCAAUGUAGCAACCAAGGCAUAUGAACUAGGAGUGGCGGGGAGGCUUCCACGACCAGAGGACAUUUUCAAGUGUGCAGAGAGUAGCAUGUAUAGCCCCACUUACCGUAUCUACCGUUGA